AUGGAGGACGAGUCAGAUAGCCAUCCUCGUUGUCCUCAAUGCCCGCCUGCAGAUAGCGAUCAAGAAAUACCAGACGUCGAUGAUGUAUGGAUCGGCUGUGACGCCUGCGAUAAUUGGUUUCAUUGCGCUUGCGUUCAUGUUGAGGAUGCUGAGGAUAUUGAAAUCUGGUACUGCUCUACUUGCAUUUCAGCCGAUCCUAAUCUAAUCAUUAAAAAUAAACCCGAGCCUAGAAAAUCUAAGAGAUCUAAAGUUAAGCACGACUACGCUGCCAUAAACGAUGGAAUUGCAUCUUCUUACUUGCACGUCGAACGUCUUCCUUCUCUACAAAUUCAAGAUUAUCAAUUCAAGCAUUUAAAAGGUGAUGAACUCACUCUUGAUUGGCUAGAUAACGAUCCUUCAAGUAUGUCAGAACCUAUCAUCGUUCCUAAUCCAACCGGACUAGAUAUGAAAAUGCCCCCUUCGCAUAUUACUAUCGAUCAAAUCGCUGAUAUUGUCGGUAAGGACAAGCCUGUUGAAGUAAUCGAUUGCGCCACUCAACAUCUCUCUAAAUUCCCUUGGACUCUUGGUCAAUGGGCUGCUCACUAUUACAAGCGCAGAGAAGCACCUGAAGUUGAGAAAACACUAAAUGUUAUCAGUUUAGAGGUUUCCGAUACUGAUUUUGCUAGCCAUAUUAUACCUCCUAAGUUCGUAAGAGACUUGGAUUGGGUCGGUAACUUUUGGCCAAAAGAUAAGGCCAAAGAUGCUCCUCGUGUGCUUUUAUAUGUCUUGAUGAGUUUGACAGGCUCAUUCACCGAUUGGCAUAUAGAUUUUGCGGGAUCUUCAGUAUUUUAUCACGUCCUUAGAGGUCAAAAAACUUUCUAUCUUGCUCGCCCAAAUAGUUAUAACCUUCAACAGUACAAAAUGUGGUCAGAGUCUGCAGAUCAAGGCUCGCAAUGGUUUGGAGAUUUGGCAGAUGCUACAUAUACAGUAACUCUGAAGCAAGGAAAUACGCUAAUAAUUCCAACUGGUUGGAUGCAUGCUGUAUAUACACCUGAAGAUUCUUUGGUCAUUGGAGGUAAUUUUGUUCACAGCUACGGUAUAGAAGGACAACAAAAGAUUGUCCAAAUAGAAAUUGAUACAAAAGUACCUUUGAAGUUCAGAUUUCCUGGGUAUCAGACGCUUUGUUGGUACGUUGCAAAUCAUUACACGAAGGUCUUAAAAGAAGGGAAAAAGCUACCUGAGAGGGUGAUAAGGAAUCUAGUUGUAUUGGGUGAAUUUUUGGGCGGUCUUGCUUUUCGAAUGGACAGUCCGAUGAAUGAAAAUGGAGUGACAGAUGAAAAAGCAGUCAAGAUAGCAAAAACAUAUAGCGAAAGGUUUCCACAUGAUGAUAUAGAGGAUAAACCAUUCGAGUUAGCUGCUUGGUUAAAACUACGAGCAGAAACAUUACUCAAGUACAAAGCAUUCAAUGAGUCGUUGUCCAAGAAAAACUUGAAAAGACGGCGAAGCCAAAAUCAACCAAACAAAGAGGAAGAAGAAGAAGGAAGGUGGACAGAACCAGCAACAAAGAAGGAAUCAACGAGAAUGGGUUGGGGAUAUGUCCAAGCCAGAGAAUGA